GCGUCUGACGCGCUCAGCCAAUAGGAGAAUGCAGAGGAUUUAGGCUAGAUGCGCCAUUUUACUGCGUCCACAGCUAUCCGGCAAGAUGGUCUCUUUGCUUUGUCUCCCCUGACCGGAGUUGUUUCGGUAUUCAGUUGCUAUUCUUGCCUCCAAACCAUCGAGAAUCUGAAAACUGGACUGAACCGUUCGUCUGUAACAAAAAACACAACACAUCUCUGUCAGUCAAGAAAUGACGGCGGUGAAAAGCAGGUAAUAUGAGUCUGGCUUCUUCUGAAUCAAACCUAGACCCAAUGGCAGAAAAAGCAGAGGAGCCUGGAAGCUCAACAGAAAAUAUGAAGCCCUCUUCUUCUCGCAACAAGAGGAAGCCCGCUACUGUAGCUAAGCACACUGGACAGAAUGAAUCCGACGCCUCAGCCGAGAGUGAAAAUGAAGGUGCCACUUCUGACAAUCCUUCAGACAGCAACACGGGCAGCGCAUCUAAAGGCACUUUAGUUAUGAGGCCAGCUGGGAAUGAAAACAAAGGCGCCAUGAAGCUCAGAGUGGAUUUCAAACAGAAACAUACAGAUGAUACCCUGCAGAAGAAGGUAAGCUGCACAGCCUGUGGAAAACAAGUAAACCAGUUUCAGCGCAACUCUGUGUGUGAGCAUCCUGCUCUCAAAGUACUUAUUUGCAAGUCAUGCUACAACUAUUACACAAGUGAUGACAUCAGCAGAGACUCUGAUGGAAUGGAUGAGCAGUGCAGGUGGUGUGCUGAAGGAGGCAAACUCAUCUGCUGUGACUACUGCAACAAUGCCUUCUGCAAAAAAUGCAUUCUGCGCAACCUGGGCAGGAAGGAGCUGUCAGUCAUUACUGAUGAGAACUCAAAGUGGCACUGCUAUGUCUGCAGGUCUGAGCCCCUCCAGGAUCUGGUCUCCAAAUGCCACCGUAUCAUGGAAAAACAGGAACGUGUCCAACUCAAGCAACGGAAAGCAGAUAAAACAGAUAAAACGGAUAAAACAGAGGAACGUGAGAGCAAGAGACACAAGACCAAAGCAGUCAAAGAGCACAAAGCAGUUGUUAAUGGAAAAGAACACGUCGAAGGCUCAGGGACCAUGACGUUUUCCUACAGAAAACUCCAGGUACCCAAAGAACUCAUAAAGAAAGCUAAAAAGCUUGUUGAAACUACAACUGGCCUCAACAAUACAUUCAUCCAGUUCAUACAGCAGGAAUCUGAGGAGCAAGGAGAUAAAUCUAUCAGGUGUCGGCAUUUGAAAGCCUUCAAGGCUGUGCUUGCAGAUUUGAAGAAAGCCCACAGUGCUUUGGAGGACGCUUUGGAACCUGAGUUCAAAAACAUGGAGUUGCAGAACGGUAAUGAAGCGCAACAUAAUGUGAAAAAGACCACUAGUGUUGUGGCUCCAGUAGAAAAUGACCACAUGGAUACUGUGGCGGAUGCAGGUGAUGAGGCUGAAGCAGCUGAAGAGCCGCACGAGGAGCAAGAGCAGCAGCCUAAUGAGCAGGAUGUAGACAAUGAUCAAGUUUCAAAUGAGACUGAAAUGAAAGACAACCAAACCGAAAUUGAGGUAACCAAAAAGACCAUUAAAUCUGAGGUCUGUGACGAUGGGCUAGUGUCAGCUGGUGAAAUGUCCUUAGAUCAUGACAUCAUGUCUGUGCCACCUUCAGUUCCUGAAGAGCUUUUUCAGAUGGUGGAGAGUCUUGCGGAUUCCACCAUGCUAUCACAGUCUGAAACGGAUUUGGUCACAGACACUGAUGCAAAGUCAAAUGGAAACUCAACAGACUCUCAACGUCCCCAGCCCAAGGUGAAGAACCUCAUAGUCAAACUGACUCCCGUACCAGUCGUGACGACAUGUGGGUCAAGGUCCUCCAGGUCCAAAAACAGAGAAAAUGAUGGAGAGAUGCAGAAAAAGUGCAAAGAAGAAUGUGAGGAGGAGACAGAUGCUGCUGCUGAUACAGUAGAUGGGGCAGAUAGCCCACCACCCAGCCGUCGCUCUAGUAGAGUGAAAACCACCCCUUUGAGGAAGCAGGCUGAAAAUAAGGGCAAGGAAGAGUCCUCUGAGUCAGAGUCAGAGGAAGAUAGUAAGGCCAAGGCCAAAUCCACCAAGAAAUCCAGUAACACUAAAAAAGAGGUUGAGAAGCAGACCAAGACUUCAGGGAAAAAGACAGAGGACUCUGACUCAGACGAAGUCCCUCACAUACUGCUAGAGAAAGCUGCAGAGGGCCACAGCACAGAUGAGGAGCAGGGAGGCACCAGUGCUAAAAAGCGUUUAUUCAAAGUAAACAACACGUCCACGCAGGAUGCAGACAAAGCAUCCAAACGUAAAAGGAAGUCUGAAAGCUCUGGUUCAGAUGUAGAGAACAAAAGUAAAAAGACUUCCAAGAAGAAAAAACAAAAAGGCUCCGACUCCUCAAACUCUGACUCUGACCAGGAGACGAAGAGUAAAGCAGGCCCGGCGAAGAGGAGAUCUAGCCGCGUGAAGAAACAAGGUGAAGCAAAAGAGGAAGACAAAACCUCACCUGAAAGGAAAGCGGCUGAGCGGAAAAGGUCUUAUGAAAAGAAGCGCAAGGGAAGCAGCGCCAAAGCAGCCUCCAAGCUGCAGUCAUCGUCCUCCAGUGAGGAAGAGGAAGAGCAACAGGCUGAUGGUGGCUCCGGUGAUGACAGCGAUGAGCAAAAGAUCAAACCCAUCGUGGAGGAUAACGUGGUGGGAGGGGGCGGACCUUUCCAUCAGUCCUCAGGAGACGAAGUGGAUGACAAAGAAGUCUCUCGGGUUUGUGAAGAUGAUGACGAUGACGAUCCUGAAAACAGGAUUGCAAAGAAAAUGCUUCUGGCCCAAAUAAAAUCCAGCUAUUCUUCAGGAGCAGAGAGCUCCUCUGAUAAUGAAGGAGCAGAUAAGGACAAAAAGUCCUCUAAAGUUAAAAAAGAGGAGGAUGAGGAUGAAGAAGAAGAGCAGCAAGAUGACGAAGAUUCAGAAGAUUCAGGUUCUGAUGUUGAAGUGAAGAAGCGUGGACGACGUCACAAACUGCUUCGUCAUAAACUCUCACUGAGUGAGGGUGAAUCAGGAGAGGAGAAAACUUCCAGUAAAGAAAAGAAGAGCAAGGGGGGCAAGAAGAAGUCGGGGCGGCAAGUGGACAGUGAUGACUCUGCAGACUCCGACUUUGAGAAGUCAGAGUCCAGUGCAGAGUCGGGGAUAAGCGAGGAGGUUAGUGAAUCAGAUGACGAUGGGAAGCGCAGAAAGACGAGAUCUUCGAAGAAGAAGGAUGAGGAGAAACAGAGAAGUUACAAGCAGAAGAAGAAGCGACGCAGGAUCAAAGUUCAGGAUUCCUCUUCCAGCAAUGAGAAGAGUGGAGAGGAAGAUGAUGAGGACCAAGAUGGAGAUGGACGCAAAGGACGCAAAAAGAUCCGCAAAAUCCUGAAGGACGACAAGCUGCGGACGGAGACGAGAGAUGCUCUGAAAGAGGAGGAGGAGAGGAGGAAACGUAUAGCUGAGAGAGAGGCACUCAGGGAGAAACUACGAGAGGUGAUUGUGGUGAAGGAGUCUUCCCAGGUGACGUGUCCCAUCACCACCAAGCUGGUGCUGGAUGAGGACGAAGAGACCAAGGAGCCGCUGGUGCAGGUACACAGGAACCUUGUCACGAAGCUCAAACCUCACCAGGUUGACGGGGUGCAGUUCAUGUGGGACUGCUGCUGUGAAUCUAUGAAAAAGGUUGAGAAGUCUGCUGGCUCCGGCUGUAUCCUCGCUCACUGUAUGGGCCUGGGAAAAACUCUGCAGGUGGUGACCUUCCUUCAUACUUUGCUGCUUUGUGAGAAGCUCGACUUCACUACAGCACUGGUGGUUUGUCCCCUGAACACUGUUCUCAAUUGGCUCAAUGAAUUUGAGAAGUGGCAAGCAGGAAUGAAGGAUGAUGAGAGUUUAGAGGUGACUGAGCUGGCUACAGUAAAAAGGCCACAAGAGCGAGCAUAUGCCCUCCAGCGAUGGCAAGAGAUGGGCGGCAUUAUGAUCAUCGGCUAUGAGAUGUAUCGAAACCUGACGCAGGGCAGGAACAUCAAGAGCAAGAAACUCAAAGAGACCUUUCAAAAGACACUGGUAGAUCCAGGUCCAGACAUGGUGAUCUGUGAUGAAGGCCACAUCUUGAAGAAUGAGGCAUCUGCGGUGUCCAAAGCAAUGAACAGUAUCAGGACGAGGAGGAGGGUUGUUCUGACUGGAACGCCUCUGCAAAACAACCUUGUUGAAUACCACUGCAUGGUGAACUUUAUCAAGGAAAACCUACUUGGAUCAAUUAAGGAGUUCAGGAACCGCUUCAUUAACCCCAUCCAGAAUGGUCAGUGUGCCGACUCCACACUACAUGAUGUCCGGAUCAUGAAGAAGAGGGCUCACAUCCUCUAUGAGAUGCUGGCCGGCUGUGUCCAGAGGAAGGAUUACACAGCGCUCACCAAGUUCCUGCCUCCAAAACAUGAAUAUGUGUUGUCAAUAAGAGUGACGCCAAUCCAGUGCAAACUCUACAGAUACUAUCUGGAGCACUUCACAGGUGUGGGGAAUGCUUUGGAGGGGGGCCGGGGCCGUGCGGGGACCAAACUCUUCCAGGAUUUCCAGAUGCUCAGCAGAAUCUGGACCCAUCCCUGGUGCCUUCAGCUGGACUACAUCAGUAAAGAAAACAGGGGUUUCUUUGAUGAGGACAGUAUGGACGAGUUCAUUGCCUCAGAAACAGAAGAAUCUUCGAUGAGCAUGACCUCCGAGGAUGAGAAGACGAAAAAGAAAAAGAAGCAAGGGAAGGGAAAAAAGAAGGGAUCUGAUGACUCGGACAGUGAUGAUGUGGAGGUCAUCAAGGAGUGGAACACCAGCUCUCGGGGCAGAAACGGAGAGGGCAGAAACAGAGCAGAACCUGUCGAGGAACAACCAGCUCGGCCCUCUGGCUCAGCACCCGGGAGUCCUAGUGCUGACUGGCACAAGGAGUUUGUCACUGAGGCUGAUGCUGAGAUCCUGGAGCACUCUGGAAAGAUGGUGCUCCUCUUUGAGAUCCUGCGCAUGGCGGAGGAAGUGGACGAAAAAGUGUUGGUGUUCAGUCAGUCUCUCAUCUCUCUGGACCUAAUUGAGGAUUUCCUUGAACUGGCAUGCAGAGCUAAAGAUGAGGAAAAAAUCUCUCCAUACAAAGGUGAAGGCAAGUGGUUCAGGAACAUUGACUACUAUCGCCUGGAUGGCUCCACUAACGCCACUACCAGAAAGAAGUGGGCUGAAGAGUUUAAUGACACCAGUAACACAAGAGGUCGUUUGUUCCUCAUCUCAACACGAGCUGGCUCUCUCGGCAUCAACCUGGUGGCAGCCAACAGGGUCAUCAUCUUCGAUGCAUCCUGGAACCCCUCCUACGACGUCCAGAGUAUUUUCAGAGUGUACCGCUUUGGCCAGCUUAAGACUGUCUACGUCUACAGGUUCCUUGCCCAGGGUACAAUGGAGGAGAAGAUUUAUGAGCGGCAGGUAACCAAACAGUCGUUGUCAUUCCGGGUGGUGGACCAGCAGCAGAUUGAGAGGCAUUUUACAAUGAACGAACUGGCUGAGCUCUACACCUUUGAGCCGGACUUGCUGGAUGAUCCCUCAGAGAAGAAAAGCAAGAAAGCCACACCCAUGCUCCCUAAGGAUCCCGUCCUGGCUGAGAUGCUGCAGAACAAUAAGGACCAGAUUGCAUGUUACCAUGAACACGACUCCCUGCUGGACCACAAGGAGGAGGAGGCCCUGAGCGAGGAGGAUCGCAAGGCUGCAUGGGCUGAAUAUGAAGCAGAGAAAAAGGGUCUGUCCAUGAGGACCAACUACCAGUCAUCAUACUCCCACAUGGACAUGGGCAACUCCAGCUACUUCUCCUACAACGUGGCGGCUCUGGCCUCCAUGACCAACCAGCAGCUGGAGGACCUUAUAAACCAGGGACGACAGAAAGUCAUUGAAGCAACAAAUGCACUUAAGACUUUAUCACGGGAGUCACUGGAGGACACAAUCGCCAGAGUGUGGAAGGAGAAUCCGGCACUCACGGAGAAUCAGGUCCAAUCUAUGGCUCUGGGACGACAGGCCAGUGUGGAGCUGGAGAUCAAGCGCAGGGAAGCCAUUUACAGGGAGGUUCUCACCAGGCAGCAGACGCUGAUGAUGUUCGUGCAGAAGCUGAUCACCAACAGGAAAGUGCAAGAGCAGCAGCUGGCCAUGGCUAACCAGGCCAGCUACCUGAACCAGCUGGCCAUGCAGAACGGCAUGAUGGGAGGCGGCGGACUCAGCCAGAUGGACCUGCUGGGGCUUUACCAACAGCUCCACGGCCUGGGCUCCCAUCAGGGCAUGGGCAAGAAUCCUGGGCCUUCCAAGGGCCUGUAGGUCAGAGGGACUCUUCCACAGCCCCCACCCUCCCACCCCCUUCCCACUCAGCUAGCUGGCUCCCAGUGGCCCAGUCCAAGAGUGGCCCUGUAACAACACACUGUGAGACCGCUGAGAGCUCAAAGCAAACCGGUGCACCAUGCAGAGGGUGGAGUAGUUUUGAGACUAGUUUGCUGUCCACUGGGGCCUCAAGUGGGAUAGACUCUCAGUCCUUUAUUCUGUAGUUCACUGAGAGAAGGUGGAAUAUAAUGUAUAAAUGACUGUAUGAAAGAUCUGUUAGGAAGUUCAACAGGAAAAAAAAUGUAUAUACCGCCUUAAUGUUAUUCAAGUUCUAUAUCUUCAUUUUUCAUGUAUUUAAAGACAAACGAGUUUUACCCCCAAUGCUUUUGAGCAUUGUAUUGUUUCCCCUUAAGAGGGUUUUCCUUAUUAUUUAAACUCAGUUUUUUAUACAGUUUUAAAAUGCCUAACUAAACCUGAGUGGGACCAGUGUCGUUGGUGACAGGACUCUAUGAUGUAAGGCUCUACAAGAUUAUUAGCACCAGUAGAUUCCUCCACCAAUAUCACCAACAGCUGUUGAUUCUGCAAAGUCCUGCUCUUUUUGGGAGAUAGAAUAAACUGAUAAGUCAACAAAAACAUAAAAAAACAUAAAAAAUUAUGGCCUUAUAUUUGUUUCCUAAAAAAAAGCUCUGUAAAGUUCUGAGAUUUGAGAUUUGUUGAGAACCUUUUCUAUUAUGCUUUUAAGUGUUUACAUUAGUUGUCACUGAACAUGGUAUUGGAAUGCUUGUGUUGUUCAAAACUGCCUGCCCGUUCCUAUGACCUUUUUGUAACAUCAUUCUCAUCGUCAUGUGUUGUCUAGCAUAGCACUGUGCGUCCUGUUCAUUGUUUAUGUUCCACUUGUGUUGAUCCCAAGCUGGGGUGACUGACUGGGUCUCACAAAGCAAAACCACUUCAGCCACGUAUCACAGGGCCCAAAACGUUUCCCUUUACUCGUCUGUCACAGUUUGAGAUGUGUGUUUCAGCUUGGACUUGGUUGGAGGAAGUAAAGACUGGAAAUUUUUAUUAUAUCUGGCUGAUUUGUGUCGUCUGCUUUGUGAGAAACUGCCCUCCUGGACACUAGUCUCACCAGACAGGCACCCAGACUACCUGUAUUCUACUUUGGCACAUUCUUGCUUCUAAAUGCUUAAACUGGUGUAGCUGUUAAACAUGAGGAAUAUGUACAUUUCUCAUGAAGAGACGCCUGUUGUCUCUAGUUGGCUCCUGUGUUUGCACAAGGUGUAUUUCAUAAGUGUAGAGAAACUUUUUUGCCCUCCUCUAAGAAUGUUCUUAUGUUAGCAAAUACACCAACCUGAUUUGCCAUGAAUCUGAUCUGCUAUUAUCUUGAUAAGUAUUUAAUAUAACAUUUAAUAAAGUGACCAAAAGGAUGAGCAA